CAUAAGUUGAGCCGUGUUGCUCUGUCCACAAGCUAGUUCCAAACUUGCUGCUUUCAUCUUCGUAAAAAGAAACUUUUUAUUUGGUGGUACAACGGGGGCGUUUUCCUCGUUCUGGAAUCGCACUUCUGUGCGAUGGGGUGUUUCGGCAACAACAUUACCGAUGAGGAACAAGAAACGAAAAGGCAUCAGAAAAGUACCAACAAAAAGAUCGAAAAGCAACUCCGAGAUGAUAAAAUUGCAUACCGAGCUACUCAUCGUCUCCUCUUACUUGGGGCUGGAGAAUCUGGAAAGAGCACGAUCGUCAAGCAAAUGAGGAUUUUACACGACGUACAUGGUUUUACGGAGCAGGAAAAGAGGCAAAAAAUAGAAGAUAUAAAGAAGAAUAUUAGAGAUGCAAUAUUGACCAUUACAGGGGCUAUGCCGACGUUAACUCCGCCGGUGAGGUUAGCUAACCCUAAUAAUCAGUUCAGAAUCGACUACUUGCAUGAAGUGGCCACGACGCCAGACUUCGACUAUCCCCCGGAGUUCUAUGAACACACAAAGAUAUUAUGGCAAGAUGCGGGUGUGCUCGAAUGCUUCGAACGAUCGAAUGAGUAUCAACUUAUCGACUGUGCGCAAUAUUUUUUGGACAGGGUGGACACAGUGAAACAGCCAGACUAUCUUCCAGUGGAACAGGAUCUGCUCAGAUGUCGAGUUCUGACUUCAGGAAUCAUUGAAACAAGAUUUAAUGUGGAUAAAGUGAAAUUCCACAUGUUUGAUGUGGGUGGCCAAAGAGAUGAAAGAAGGAAAUGGAUACAGUGCUUUAAUGAUGUUACAGCAAUAAUAUUUGUCGUUGCAUGCAGUAGUUACAAUUUGGUACUAAGAGAAGAUCCUAGCCAGAAUCGGUUGAAGGAGAGUCUUGAAUUAUUCAAAAGUAUUUGGAAUAACAGAUGGUUGAGAACAAUCUCAGUAAUAUUGUUUCUCAACAAACAAGAUUUGCUUAAAGAAAAGGUGCGGGCUGGCAAGUCCAAGAUUGAGGACUAUUUCCCGGACUUUGCGCGUUACAGAACUCCUCCUGAUGCCACGGCAGAGCCUGGGGAUGAGGAAUCGGUGACAAGAGCUAAAUAUUUUAUUCGUGAUGAAUUCCUUCGGAUCAGCACAGCCAGCGGAGAUGGUAAACAUUACUGUUAUCCACACUUUACAUGCGCAGUAGACACGGAGAAUAUUCGACGAGUGUUCAACGACUGCCGCGACAUAAUCCAGCGGAUGCAUCUCCGCCAGUAUGAGCUUCUGUGAUGGGUUCCCUCUUCUCCUUCCCCAACUUUUCAUCCAGCUUUCUGAACAGCCCUGACCAAGGCUGCUUGCCAUGUGCUGUGCUAUUAUACCACACAAACAUUCAGCUGUUUUAUUCCGAUAUGGGACGGGGAAUGCAGUGGGGCGUCGGCUUCAAUGUCUACUCCAAACAUACCAGCGAUGAAAUUAUGUCAGAAACCAGCCUUGUAAAGUAGUGUACAAAAAAAAAUUUAAUGCAGUGGAAUAAUGUAGCGUUUAGUUUUCUGUGGCUUUUCACAGGACUUUGUCUGUCAGCUGUAUCGUUCUGUGCCGAGAAAAGGAGAAUUUCGUUGGGGGUGGGGGACGGGGGAUUUAGCGCGUGGUGUCUGUCCACAUAGCGUUCUUUGGUUCUUAGUCCUCUUUGAAACUCGAAAACUUAUCCUAGAAGAUGAAUUUCUUAUCGCACGUUCCUGGCCGUAGGCGCCAAGAACUCGGCCGAUGAAAUUUGCUAGAUCUUGAAAAAAACUCAACAGUGUGCAGGCAAAGAAAAUGUAUUUGUGAGAUUGGUUACUCAUGUCAGUGAAGACGAAGUUGUCUUCCUGGUGGUUACCAUAGAAACGAAACGUGCCAGCGCUCUCGGUAGAAAUUUGUCUUUCUUUUUUAAGACGCGUGAAAACUCUUAACAAGAAUUUUCUUUCUUCAUGGUACCUGGUGACCGAGUAAAUUAAAAUAUUCCAAAUUAAGUAGUUAUUGGUCAUUUCUGAGAUGAAUGUAACUCAGGCUUCGUACAGGGGGGGCCUGUUACACUCAACUGCAGUGUACCAGGGCAUCUUGGAUUUUCUUUGUUUGCAGACUCCUUAUAAUAUUACUAUCAAAUCUGAAUAUUGUCCUUUUGAAGUGUGAAUAAGUACAUAUAAUAAUUUAGAUUUAUAUUAUGAACAUGGAAAAGGCUUUUUAACUCACCCGUAUUGGAAGGAAACCAUAGUGUAGGCAGCCUGGAUUAAAACGUGAUGUAAUUGUAAUAUUUGCCUCCCCCCCCCCACAGUUCUAAACUCCCCGAUUUCCAUGUUUCGUUGAUUGAAAACAAAACUAUUCCGUUGCUUCUAGUCGAAAGCAGAAGCGAAGAAAGUUCAUAAAAAAGAAAAGUUAUAAAGGCCUGGGGAGUUUUUUUAAAAAGGAACCUGUCUUAAUUUGCUCCUUACUAAGAUGCUGUACAGUAAAUGUGUUGACUAUUUCUUCUUGGUGUUUGUGUCCGUGAAAAUGUAAGUAGAUUAGGUCAUGUAGACCCAAGUAGAUCAUAGAGAAGCUCUGUCCCUUUUCCCUGCUAAUCGUCGUUUUCUCUUUUCCUCUCCAAGAACUUGUUUUGUUCAGAAAUCAGUUUGCAGAAAUAUGCUGCAACCCUCAACAUAUUGUAUAUUGACCCGAAAGCGAAAAAAACAAAGAACACAAAUCUUAAUUUUUUUUCUGACAUGCAGGAUUGUGUGUUGUUGUGUCUUGUGUCGUCAGUACGUGUGUUUGUUUGUUUGUUGUUUAUUUGUAUGUAUGAUUUAGUCUGCCUUGGUAGAUUUAGUGGCUAUUCCAGAAUGCGAACGAAAGAAAACUCUUGGAUCUGCUUUGAAAAGUAUGAUCAAAACUUCCCGAAUCAGUGAUCACGACAGUUGAUAUCAGAGUAACUAUGUAGAGCUUUAAGCCGGAGCUGUCAUAUUAAGUUUUAUGUCAAAAUAAACUAUUACUCAAUA